AUAUAUUUUAGCAUACACAAUUUACAUGGUUAUGUGAAGAAACCGUUUUUCAUUUUCUAUAUAUGCUUAUGUCAAAUAAGUCAAGUGGAGCAUUGUUCAUAUCAAUUUUUUCUAUGUUCAUCUAUCUUGAUUGCUUCUCCUCCUAUUGAUGGCAUGUUGCAAAGAAAAAGCUGUUUUGGUGGCUGUUUACAAGGAGAACCCAAGUAAGAGAAGAUUAACAACGAGAAACAGCGAUAAUAUUAAACACCACCACCAUCAUCACCACCACCAUCUGCACAUCCAUCAAUCAAAGGACAACAAAGGAAACAGAAGAGCCGAGCUUCUUAGCUACUCGCAACGUCUUCGGGAGUCUUCAAAAGUUAAAGCAUCCACACCUCCUCACCAUGCUAAGCCUUUGGUAGCUUCUACCUCCAACGACCAAGAAACGGCCGUAACUCAGGCACAUGAAGUUCAAAAGAAACAAAAGCUAAAGAAGCAAUCGAGUCCCCCGGAUAUGAAGACGAUAUUCAAGUGUUUUGCUAUGUCACAUGCUAAGAGAAAGGUGAAAAAGAAUAAGAAGAAGAAGAGCAGUGAAUCAGCUUCAAAAAAGGCAAAUGUGAUAAUGAAAAAGUUUAAUUCAAGAACUCAGAAAGGAGCACGUCGAUUUUUCUCAAAAUUGAAGGCAAUCAUACAAAAAUAUAGGUGAAAUUGAACAGAUAUAAUAUUUAUAUCAUGAAAGUUUGGUCUUGUUUGGUUUGGUUUAUUUAUUUACUGUAUUAUAUAUAUAUUUGUGAUA